AUGACUUCCAAUAUUCAGAACUCGCAAUCUCAAUCCACGCCACCUCCAACUACGGCUCCGGAAGCGCCUUUCAGUAUAUUCGAUAAGAAGCAGAAAGCCCUGGUCGUGCUUCUUGUUUCGACUGCUGCGACUUUUUCGGGUUUUGCUUCGAACAUCUACUUCCCAGCCCUUUCCACCAUCGCAAAUGAUCUCAAUGUCUCCGUUGAACUCGUCAACCUUACCGUUACGUCAUAUCUUAUCUUCCAGGGCCUUGCACCAAGCCUCUGGGGCCCAAUUUCCGACGUAAGGGGUCGCCGAAUAGCAUAUACCUGCACGUUUAUCGUCUUCUUUGGCGCAUGUAUCGGUCUAGCAGAAACGAAGAACUACGCCACCCUUAUUGUUCUCAGAUGUCUCCAGAGCACGGGCAGUGCGAGUACGAUCGCAAUUGGCUCCGGUGUCAUUGGCGAUAUCACGACUCGGGCUGAGCGCGGGGGCUAUAUGGGGAUCUUUCAGGCCGGCCUUCUUGUGCCUGUUGCAGUAGGACCGGUCAUCGGAGGUGCAUUAGCAGGAUCUCUGGGAUGGAGGUCGAUAUUUUGGGUCCUUACUAUCUACAGCGGAGUUUUCCUGGUUUUUCUAGUGAUCCUACUACCCGAAACGCUUCGAUCGAUUGUUGCGAAUGGCAGCCAAACACCGUUAAACCCGUUCACUAGAUAUCCGUUGACGGCGUAUCAAAAACUAACCAGCGUCCAGUGGAAAAAUGAAGAGGAAUCAUCUCAGCCCGCGCCUCGGAAGCAGAUCGACGUGACUGGACCCCUCCGCAUUCUCAUUAGCAAGCAUGCAGCUCCUAUCAUCAUUUAUCUCGCAACCUACUAUGCUGUCUGGCAAAUGAGUAUCACGGCCAUGUCCACUCUCUUCAAGGAUCGUUACGGACUCAGCGAAAUCCAGAUCGGUCUCACGUUUAUCGCCAACGGUGUAGGUUCGAUGAUUGGAACGCUUGUGACUGGUAAAAUUCUCGAUGCAGACUACCGCCGCGUCAAGCAGAGUUUUGAAACAUCUCCGGGUGACCUUGAGACCGAGACCGAGACUUUGGACACUGGCAUCGAUCGAGAAGAAGAUUUCCCGCUGGAGAAAGCCCGCCUGCGGCUUAUUCCAAUCUUCUCUUUCUUGCAGUGCAUCUCGAUCAUUCUCUUUGGCUGGACUAUCCAAUAUCCUGAUCGCGUUCAUAUUGCCGUGCCCAUCGUGUCGACUUUUAUCACCGGAUGGACGGCCAUUUCCACGCAGUCGCUUAUUAUGACCUACCUUGUCGAUGUUUUUCCUGAUAGGAGUGCGGCGGCAAGUGCGAGUCUGAACCUUGCGAGGUGUUUGUUUGCUGCUGGUGGUACAAGCUUCAUCAUGCCCAUGAUCAAUAACAUCGGGGUAGGGGUAGCCUUCACGGUCUGCGUGGUUGUACAACUCGUGUCGCUGGUCGGCCCACUGAUUCAAUCAGGCCAUUGGCCCAAACGGGUAAUCCGGCGGCCGAUCGGCAGAAAACGCGUGCCUGAGGAUGGAUCGGCCGGCCCAGCUCGCCGCCCGGAGAGAAAAGCGUCUGCCGUUUCCAUCUUCCUCCGACCUUCAGUCUCCCCCAAAUUGCGCCGUCCACAUAUUCAGCGGCCCACCAUGUUGUCCCGGUCAUUAUGGAGAAGUCUGCGCUUGAAUGCCCGGCGAGGUGUCAGCGUGCCUGAGACUCCCUAUCGCUGUUUCUCCUGCACCGUUCGGGCGCAGAACCAAUCGAACAAGUCGGAUAGCGAACGAAUGACCCAUUUUGGCUUUACCAAUGUCCCGGAAGCAGACAAAGAGUCCAUGGUGAGGUCGGUCUUUAGCUCGGUCGCCUCUUCCUACGAUGCCAUGAACGAUUUCAUGUCGCUCGGAAUCCAUCGCCUCUGGAAAGACCACUUCGUUCGCUCCUUAAAUCCCGGAUCUGCGCUACCCUCUCGUGACACCGACGCUGCCGGCCGGGGGUGGAAUAUCCUGGAUAUCGCCGGCGGGACGGGCGAUAUUGCGUUUCGCAUGCUGGACCACGCGACCAACAUCAACAACGACCGGGAGACUCGGGUGACGAUCGCGGACAUCAAUCCCGAGAUGCUGGCGGAGGGCAAGAAACGGAGCAUCCAGACGCCUUACUACAAUACGAAUCGGUUGUCGUUCAUGGAGGGCAACGCGCAACAGAUGCCUAGCAUUCCCGACAACUCCGUCGACCUGUACACGGUUGUCUUUGGAAUUCGGAACUUCACCGACAAGCAGGCCGCUCUGGAGGAGGCCUUCCGGGUGCUGAAGCCCGGCGGCGUGUUUGCGUGCAUGGAAUUCAGCAAGGUGGACAACGAUCUCUUCAACGCCGUGUACAAACAAUGGAGUUUCAACGCCAUCCCCAUGAUCGGUCAAUUGGUGGCCGGGGACCGCGACAGCUACCAGUACCUGGUAGAGAGUAUCGAGAAAUUUCCCAGCCAGGAAGAGUUCCGAGGGAUGAUCCAGAAGGCCGGAUUCAUGAUCCCCGGGCGAGGCUUCGAGAACCUCACUGGCGGGAUUGCGGCGAUCCACAAGGGCAUCAAACCGCUUCCCCAGACUCAAGCUUGA